CGUCACUUCCUUGCCCAUCCCUAAGGGAAAAAAGAGAAAUAUUAAAAAGAAGGGAACGAACCAAGGAAAGAGCGAGAAAAAGACGAAAAGUGAAGGUAACGAGGGGGAAGCCAGAUGAAAAGAGAAUUAGUUAGAAGGGAGGAAGCGAACAACGAUAGAAAGCAUUGUAAACUGUCAUGCCUCUCCACAAGUCGUCUCGCGGGCAUCGCCUGGACCCCACCAUGAUUUCGGCUCCCCUUGGAGAUUUCCGCCACACUAUGCACAUAGGGAGAGGCGGAGAUGCAUUUGGGGACACCUCUUUCCUGUCCACUCAUGGCCCAAGCUCGCCUGACUCAAACUCUGUCCCAGUGGCCCUUCCUGCCGUCAGCUCUGACACACAGCUCAACAACAGUGCCGUUGAUGACACCAGCCCACAGUCCUGUGAACUGCAGCACUCGGAGUCUGUUUCUUCUCUGUCUUUGGACCUGGAUUUGGACUUAGGCCCGUCGAUUUUGGGAGACGUUCUGGGAGUGAUGGAUGGACUAGGGCUGGACUCUGACUGGACCACUGCUGGUGAGGGGGAGGUGUUUAGUCCAAGCAAAGGUGCAGCAGAGGUUGAGCUGGGCGGGAAAGGAGAAGAGUUCAUUGUGAUCACUAAAAAUGAGAUGAAUGCUAAAGAGGAGAUCAGCCAAGAUGGGGAGCAGUUGAGGGAGAGGGGAGAUGGGCAGCUGUCAACAGAAGGAAGUGGGCUUAAAUUGAAAGGGGCUGGGCUUAAGCAGAAAGUGAGAUUUAGUGACAAAAGAGAGGAAAUUAUUGGUCGAGAGGAGGAAGGUGAGGGGUUGGAGCAUGAUAUGGAUGAGUCUGAGUGUGUGAGCCCCACAGAGGGAGAGAGUGAGCUAGGCAAUGGUAUUGACAGCAACUCUCCCAAAACCGAGGGAGGGGAGGGAGAUUCCACCAAUCACAAGGCAGAUUCCCCACCAAGCCCUUCCUCCUCAGUUAGCUCAGAAUAUGAGGGAGUUACACCAUUGGACAGGAGGAGAGAGGAAGACUGCCACUCGGAGACAGAGUCUGAGGAGGAGGGGGUAGGCAAUGACCGGGGUUACACGUUCGAAGAUGAGUUUGAUGAUGAGAUCGGCCUAUAGGAAUAUGGAACAAACACCACAGGGACCAAUGACCAAGCAGAAUUUUGUUUAAAUCUGUUGUCAGUAAUUAUGUAUAUUAUUUUGUUUCUCCAACAAUUACUUUUUUACAUGAAAGGGAGCUGGACCAAAGUAAAACUGAGAAAAUUGCAACUGGAAGUUUAGUUUAAUUGUAGGUGCAAAUUCUUAUUUUUUCUGUGUAAAUGCAUAUUGUGCUGGGAUCCCAUUCAAUGAAGCAGCGAUACUCAAUAAUUUUAUUGGCAUUAUUCUAUAGGAUUUAUGGAUGUUGAGCAAUUACAUAUCCUAGGAAGAAACUGGAAGGUUUACAGAACAAGCUUCCAUCUGGACACAGGCAUUUACUUUCAAGUUAUCUCUCCAUGUAAGUGUCAGAUUUUCUCACUCAAGACUGCAGACUGUUUACACUGAGCACAGGUUUAGUGUAAAAAAAAAAGAAGCUGAAAAAUAAGAGUGAAACAAUUCUCAUUAAAGCAAAUGUAUUUACAAAAAAUGUAUUUAAUGAGAGUGGACUGUACUGAAGUAUUCGAUAGUGGACGUGGUUGUAUGUUAUUGCAUGCCAUUUGAUAAUUUAAGGGUGGUCUCAUGGUUCAGCCUGGGUCCUAGUCUGAGUAGUCUUAACAUCUGCCAGACUUGUUGUAGCUAAUGUGAUGGAUGUUACAGGCGGUUUCAUUCUAGUAGUAGCAGGAGUCAUCAACCACUCUUAGAGAUUACCAGCAGUGCCUAAUAAAAAUUUUUAGUAUUAUUUUUAUUUUUAACUUUGUUCUGUCAAUGAAGAGAGAAUACAUUCUACUCUGUGUUUGGUUACAUCUGGGGCAUAUGGUAUUGUAAAUGGAGCCCUUUUAUACCUCCACACUUUUGCAUUCUCUGGAAGGGGAAUCUGAAGUUAUUUUUCUUAGGAUUUAUCAUUGUUUCAGUCUAUGAUUCAAGGCCAGAUAGCAGUGCAGCGGGUUUUUAGGACAUCUUUGGCUCAGGUGGGGGUCUCAAGACAAUCUCACAGGUUACUUUUUAAUCGCUGAAUUAGCCUGUUUGAAGCCCAGUAUCAAAAUAUGUGGACAAACCAGACAUCUUAUCAUAGAUCUGUUUCAUGCUUCUAGAAAUUACCAGAAGACUGAUAAAUCUGUGACAAUCAAAUGACAGUAGCUAUGAAAGUACACUCCACAAGCACAGAGAGAAGUACAUUUUCUUCUCAGAAGAGUUCUUGUCCAGUAAGGUAUAUAUGAACAGAUACAUUUAAAUAUGGAAGAUAUUUAAGAUGUUUUAUAUGAACACAUGCAUGGAUCACAAAACACUAAAUGGACAUACAACACUACUGACAUUUAAAAAUACUUUUCCUUGUAGAUCUAAUGGCAACAACAGUCAUAGUAUUUAAGGCUGUUUAAACACUCCAGACGUUAACAAGAAACAACUCACUUAUUAUUUAAACCAACCCAGCGUCUGUGGUUAGUGCAACAAAUGGUAAUUUCUUAUCCGUGGCCCGAGGAUCCAUUUAUGCCUCAUCAUGUUUGCUCUCUGCCCAUUAACUGAGCCAUCAGUUUUCACAAGAACUCAUUUUGAUACAUCUGCUGUAUUUGGCUCAAGACAGACCAUUAUUAAAGCUCUUAUAAGUGAGAUGUGAAGUGUCCCAAGAUGAGUACAAUAUAUUUUCAGCUAUGUAAAAGGUAUGAACAAAAACAAGGUAUGGGAGGAACUCAAGCAUGAGUAGAAAUGCAUAUAUACAUGUAUUUAUGAUUGUUUUUCCUUUUCUGGACCACAUAUAUAAACAUUCCUUUAAGGGUUUUCUUUAACUGCCUUCAAAGAUAUACUUAUGUUUUUUAUUAGAUCUUGUGAUUUUUCUGAGAUCUGUUUACUUAAAUAAAUAUUUACUUGCAUCA